AUGUGUGAAUGUGUGCCUGCUCCGCCAAUUUUUGACAUCGGUCUUCCGCCCGAUCCGACUCUCAUCUGGCAUCUCAUUUCUGAUGAGCUUUUUCAAGGCUCAGAUGACUGCACAUGGGAUCCGUUUAUCUCGAUCAGCGACGAGACGGCUACAAUCAGAGAAAGAAACGAUCCGAAAACCCUUGAGAAUAAAGGCAACGAUGUGAGAGUGCCGAUAUUCGUUUGUGCUUUGAUGACCGUUCUUUUGCUAUUCAUUCUCAUCACAAUUGUUGCGAUUAAAUUCAGGAGAAAAUCCCUCCAGAGCACAUCAAGAAAGAAGAAAACCCCGUCAGCCGAUCACAUUCUCACCGCUCCUGACAACACUUGGAGCUACAAUUCAAUGAAAACAACUCCAAAUUCUGUUCAUGGAUCACUUGGCAUUCUGAUGUACGGUGACGCGCGGAAUGCUGGCUCAAUGGUUUUCCACAAGAACCCAACUCCAAACACGAUAAGAUCGUAUCGAACGGGCGAAUGUCCAUUGAGACAAUCGGCGACAACGAUUCGUUUAAAUCAUCCAGGCGAUUCACCCGCUGCCGCCUAUCAUACAUUGGGAAGGCAUUACGAGGAAAUUCCGUCACGUUUCGCUAGCUUUGCCCCAAGUCCUUUGUUGAGUCGGCAAGAUUGGCAAAAUAGUGAUCGGAUAUCAUCGAGACGACCCCCACCAUCCUCUCGGCCACCUCCACCCCCACCAACACAAUCAAAACCACCUGAAUAUGUGAUUCCCACAGAGGUUUUGAGGAAAUUUCACUCGCCUGGUUGCAGUGACUCAUCCUUAGACAAUGAGUUGGUCAUUUUACCCAAUGAGAGCCCACAAAUGAUGAAAAGAUGGGAUGAAACGGGCGAGACUCGAUCUCGUUUAUCUGGCGGUGAUUGUGGAAGGGAAAGUGGAUACGGGACAACACCAUCCACCCAAUGGAAAACCUCACCGGGAAGGGAAGACGCGAGGGAAAGAGGAGAGGCCAGCGCUCAACACGAAAGGGGAAAUCUUGGUGAAACUCAUUCGAUGACUUAUGUU